ACCAAAACACACUUCUGACUCUAAAAAUAUUCAGAUUCGACAGUCAGUUUGGUAAUUCUCCAGUCAAAUCCAAACAACUGUAAACAAAUUCAUAAAUCUCUUUUCCAGUCGUCUAUGUUCUAUGUGGUUUCACUCUCAACCUUUCUGCAGUGUUCUUCGUCAGCCCUUACGCAAUCUUCAUUUCCGGAUUUUCCCGGCAACCCACAUUUUCCGUGCAAGAAUUUCGGGAAUGGCACCUCCGAUUCUUUCAUUAGCUCUCCCUUCGGAGACUGGUCGAGUUCUCAGUAUUCAGUCUCAUACAGUUCAGGGAUAUGUUGGCAACAAAUCUGCUGUCUUCCCUCUCCAAUUAUUAGGCUACGAUGUUGAUCCAAUUAAUUCUGUGCAGUUCUCAAACCACACAGGAUACCCAACUUUUAAGGGUCAAGUCCUAAAUGGAAAACAACUAUGGGAACUAAUAGAAGGCCUUGAAGAGAAUAAUUUGUUAUACUACACUCAUUUAUUAACAGGUUAUAUUGGUUCGGUUUCUUUUUUAAACACUGUAUUGGAAGUUGUCCAUAAGCUCCGUGCUGUAAACCCAAAACUCACGUAUGUAUGUGAUCCAGUGAUGGGUGAUGAAGGAAAGCUCUAUGUCCCUCCUGAGCUGGUAUCAGUAUAUCGUGAGAAGGUUGUUCCAGUGGCUUCAAUGUUGACUCCUAACCAGUUUGAAGCAGAAAAAUUGACCAGGUCCAGGAUAGAAUCUGAAAGUGAUGGUCGUGAAGCUUGUAACAUUCUUCAUGCUGCUGGACCUUCAAAGGUUGUAAUUACAAGCAUUAGCAUUGAUGGUAAUCUUCUCCUCAUUGGUAGUCAUCUAAAUGAAGAGGGUGAGUCACCUAAGCAGUUUAAGAUCAGGAUUCCCAAAAUUCCUGCAUAUUUCACGGGUACUGGAGAUCUUAUGACUGCACUUCUACUUGGUUGGAGCAAUAAAUAUCCUGACGACCUUGACAAGGCAGCAGAACUUGCUGUAUCAAGCUUACAGGCACUUCUGCAGAGGACACUGAAUGACUACAAAAAGGCUGACCAUGACCCCAAGUCGAGCAGUUUAGAGAUUCGUUUGAUCCAAAGCCAGGACGAUAUUCGCAACCCUCAAGUUAAUUUCAUUGCCGAAAGAUACAACUGAGUGUCCAAAGCAAAUGCUGAGAGCAUUUGACUUAAUAAAACACCCAAGUUUUCUCUUAAAACUUCACCUAGUGCUUGCGCUUAUAGUUAUUUAUUUUCAAGGGCUCUGCAGUGCCCUUAACUAAAAGAAAGAAAAGAAACUAUUCCAUUAUGUUUAUAUAUUUGAAGACACUGCUCUUAGCUAAGAGAAAUUAGAAAUAAAAGAUAAUAAUAAUAAACUAACAUUGACACAAA